AUGCUAGUCGUGGGUAAAGAGAGUACAAUGGCCGAGAAAAACGCAACGCCACUGCAACCGCCGCAAACGCAGGAGGAUGAGGAGGAGAAGAGGGAGAUGUAUGCUGUAUGGGCUGUACCAGAGGAAGACGUAGAAGAUCGGCUUCGAAGGCUAAUGGAGGGACUAAGGUCGGAGUUCGGUGGUCCACCGUUUGAUCCUCACUUAACGCUCGUCGGACCGCAGAAGCUUACUGCCGGCGAGGCAAAACUGAUGUUUGAGGCGGCGUAUGAAGGUUUUAAGGCGUAUCCGGCCACCGUUGACCAAGUCUCCGCAGGAACUUCCUAUUUUCAGUGUGUCUAUGUGUCUCUCCGGCACACCGUAGAGGUAAUGAAUGCUGCCGGACAUUUUAUGGGCCACUUCAAAGCCUUCACCGGAAAACUUUACGUGCCACAUAUGAGCAUACUUUACGGCGAUCUAACGGAGGAAGAGAAGAAGAAAGCGCUAGAGAAAGCUUCCACGCUUGAUUCGAGUCUAGACGGUCUGAAUUUUCGGAUAAAUCGAGUUGAGCUAUGGGUAACCGAUGCGGACGUUGGAUCUUGGGUGAAAAUCGACGAACACAAUCUAAUUUCUUAAAUGAAAUUUAUGAGAGAAAAACUAUUAUAGUUUUUGGUCUAUUUUCGAUUUUACUCUUGUGCUUGUUCGGUUUAAUUUAUCGGUUAUAAGGCUUGGUUUAAUGUGGUAUAAUCAUGGUUUGGUUCAUAUUUGUUAUCGGUUUGACCUAAAUGAUGUUUGCAGUUUGCUUUUUUUAUUUGUUGUUGUUGCUUG